UCAACAGUAACGAUAGCUGAGAUCUAGAAGUCUGUGAUACCAAGAGCUAUUCCAAAAACAAACCCAAAUUAUGGUAAAUUGAAAUUAAGGGUGGAGAAUCGUAGAAAGGAGUGGACAGGAGCCAUAGACAACCGCCAGGAUGACCCAAUGGUGUGCGAUCAGUGUGAUGAAGGCCGUGCUCUGCGUCGGCUGCACGGAGGUGGACUACGUGACCACCAUGGAGAAGGUCGACUUCCAGUGCGACAGGUGCAGCACCCAGAAUGGAGCCCUGCAGCGCAGCGGAAGAUCCUCGAACGUUAGUACGGCCCUCCGGCUGCUGGGCGCCAAUGUGGAGCUGUUCGGCGUGCUCACCCGUAAUCCCACCUAUCGCAUGAUUGUGGACGAUCUCGAGCAGCGGGGCAUCGACAUCAGCCACUGCACAUUUACGGACGAGAGUCCGCCCUUUUCCACCAUCGUCCAGGAUCGCUGGACUCGCCGUUGCACGGUGGUAUACUGCGACAAGCCAUUUCCGUAUGUCACGGCUGCCGAUUUCCGCAAACUGGAUCUCGAUCAGUACGGCUGGGUGAACUUCGAGGCACGGAGUCCGCGUGAGACCUGCGAUAUGAUACGCCUAAUCCUCGAUCACAACAACGGGCGGGAUGAAAGGGAUCGCAUUGUGGUGUCGCUGCAGAUAUUUAAUUCCUUCGCACAGGUCGUGCAUCUGAUUGCCAUGUGCGACUAUGUGUUCGUCACCAAGUACAUAGCCGAGUCCAGAGGCUGGAACUCGCCGCUGGAAACCUGCGAGGGCAUCAAUCAGCUCCUGCGCAUGCCAAGGGACAUCCGGGUGCGCCGACCCUGCGUCAUUGUGCCGUGGAGCAGCCUGGGUGCAGGUUGCAUGACCACGGAAGGGCAGUACUUCGAGCUGCCGGCACACAAGCCCAAAAAGAUCAUCGACCGGGUUGGCGAUAGUGAUUGCUUCACGGCGGGCUUUAUUUAUGCCGCCUUUGUGCGGCAAAGGCGGUUGGCCGAGGCCGUGGACUUUGCCAAUGCCGUGGCCAGCUUCAAGUUGGGCUAUGUGGGGUUCGACUGCCUGGGCCACUUGCCAAUCGAAGCGGUCCAGCUGCCCGUCAGAAUGCGGGUUGGCAGUGAGGUGUCCUCCGACGAUGAGGAUAACGGCGAUCAGCCGAAUAGCUGCCGGAAGCACCUGUUGCGCCCAAUUGAGCUCCUGCAGGACAAUGCCCCCCUUGCACCCAUUAGGCAGGAAGCGCCGACUGCGACUCCGGUGGGGCUCGAAUAUCCUGGCUAGGAAGGCGUUCCAUGUACCAUCUUACAUAUUCUACAAAUUUCAAACAUUUAAUGUAUGGUGGCAUAUUUCA